AUGGGAGCUCAGAUUGAUCAUUCAGUCAUGCACAAAACGGGUCCUUUUACUUACCGUAUCCAUGGUCAAAAUGCACACCGGAUCGGUUCUUUAGUACCUGAACCAGGGCGAACUCCAAAGUUCAGUCAGCUAUACAUUUUCGACACAGCAAAUGAGAUUCAGAAUAGGAUUACAACGGUUAAGAGAACAGAAAAAGUUGGUGAGCUGGAUCCUAAAAUAGUUAAAGAGCUGAUAGAAACAAUGGAAACAUACAACUGUCUAACUAAGAUUUUCAGAAAAGAAAGAGACAUUCAUGAAACGGAUAGCUGCCAAGAUUUCAGUAUUAGACUCGUCGGCCAGUCUAAACGUAAUCGUCAAUAUGAUAUGCCUCAAACAGACGAAAUAGCAGGCUUAAUUAUGGUGACUUUACCGAGGAUAUGGUAUCCAAUCCUCUUCCCAUACGGUCAGAGCGGAUUCAACGAAAACAUACCUGUUACCAAUACUGAUGGAAACCAACGAAAGAGGGAAUACAUCACAAAAAGAGAAUUAUUUUCUUAUCAGUUACAAACUCGCCUGGAUGAAGGCAUGGUUAUUGUGAGCUCCAAAAGACUACUGCACCAGUAUAUAGUCGACGCUUAUACAUGCAUAGAGAUGGAGAGGUUGCGUUGGUUUCGAUUGAACCAGAAAAAAAUCAGAGCGGACCUGUACAACAACGUACAAGAUGCAGUCAUGAAUGGUGACACUGAUGCAAGAUCUUUAGGGAAAAGAGUCAUAUUACCCUCGAGUUUUAGAGGAAGCCCCCGUUAUAUGGAUGAAAAGUAUCAUGAUGCGAUGGCAAUAUGUCGAUGGCAUGGGAAUCCAGACUUAUUUAUCACGAUCACAACGAAUCCUAAAUGGGAUGAGAUAACUGACCACCUAAAGAUGUACGGCUCUGAUGAUCCCAACGACCGCCCUGACCUAGAGGCUAGAGUGUUCAAGAUGAAACUUGAUGAGCUAAUUUCAGAUUUCAACAGAGGCACCUUCUUCCCCCGUCCUAAAGCAGUUGUUUACACCAUUGAGUUUCAGAAGCAAGGGCUGCCCCAUGCCCACAUUCUUCUAUGGCUUGAAGGUGACUUCAGAACCCCAACAGCAUCAGACAUUGACAGAAUCAUCUCCGCAGAACUACCAGACAAAGAAAAAGAUCCAGAAGCCUAUGCUCUGGUGGAACAACACAUGAUGCACGACCCCUGUGGGAAAGACAGAAAAACAUCUCCGUGCAUGGAGGAAGGUGUUUGCAGUAAGAAGUUUCCACGUGGCUACGUUACACACACCCAGAUUAACGACUCCGGUUACGUCUUGUAUAGACUACAGAAUACAGAGCGGUUUGUCUACAAGGGAGACAUAAAACUUGAUAGCCAAUACGUUGUUCCCCACAAUAUCCAAAUCCUGAAAAAAUACAAGGCACAUGUCAAUGUCGAGUGGUGCAACAAAUCAAGCGCGAUCAAAUACCUCUUCAAGUACAUUACAAAGGGUGUUGAUAGAGCGACAUUCAAGUUGCAACCAAAUGCAGAGCAGUCUACUCUAUUAGAGAAAGAAAAAGAAAAGCCAAGGAAUGAGAUAAAUGAGUUUGUGGAAGGGAGGUACCUUUCAGCGUGCGAAUCAACGUGGAGAAUAUUUAAGUUUGAUAUUCACCACAACACCCCAGCUGUCCAAAAAUUACCAGUUCACCUUCCUGGAGAACAGACAGCUAUUUUUGACGAGGAUGAGGACCUUGAAGACGUCGAGACCCGAUACCUGCAUGGCAGGACGAUGUUAACUGAGUGGUUUGAAAUGAACCGACUCUACGAAGAAGUGAGGAAAUUAAAAUACAUUGAGAUGCUGACUAUGUUUGUCUGGGACAAUUCACAAAAGAUAUACACUAAACGAAAGCAGAAAAGAACCAUUGGAAGAAUUGUCAAUAUAAGCCCAGCAGCUGGUGAUAAAUAUUACCUUGGCAUUUUGGUAAGCUUACUUCGAGGCCCUACAGGCUAUGAUGAUUUAUACACAGUUGGUGACAUCAAAUAUGAAACCUUUCAAGAGGCCUGCUAUGCAAGAGGCUUGCUCGGAUCAGACAAGGACUGGCAUGACUCAAUGUCUGAAGCAUCACAAUUCUCAUCACCAAGAUCUCUUCGCUACCUUUUCGUCCUGAUCCUCGUCUUCUGUCAAGUUUCAGAACCAAAAAAACUUUGGGAUCAUUCUUGGCAGGAUAUGGCAGAAGAUGUUCUGAUGCACCAGAGACGUCUACUUCGAUUCCCAGCCCUCCUCCAGCUAACACCAAGCGAACUACAGCAUUACACCCUUAUCGAAAUAGAGAGCUUGCUACAAAAUUUCGAGAGAUCAUUGAAUGACUUUACGGGGAUGCCACUUCCAAACAAGGCUAUCAUGGACGAAAUGAAAAAGAAAGCAAUGGCGAGGCACAACCAGUUUGACAUAGCAGAGGAAACAAUGAUCCACCAGAGCCUAUUUGACAAACUGAACCACCAACAACGGGCAGUAUAUGAUGCAGUGACAACAUCCGUGAAUGAGAACCAAGGCAAGCUAUUCUUUCUUUAUGGAGCAGGAGGUAGAGGGAAAACAUUUCUCUACAAAACAAUCAUCGCAGCUUUACGAUCAACAGGCAAGAAGGUGAUCCCCGUUGCAUCAUCCUCCAUUGCUGCGCUUCUUUUACCUGGGGGACGAACAGCCCAUUCGAGGUUCAGUAUUCCACUCAAACUUUAUGAAGACACCUACUGCGAGGUGAAAACUGGGACAGUCCAAGCCAACUUCCUAAGUGAAACAGACCUCAUCAUCUGGGACGAAGCUCCUAUGGCCCAUCGUCAUGCUUUUGAGGCUGUUGAUCGUACUCUGAAGGAUAUUUUAGCGGUUUCAGAUGCAACAGCUCUAACAAAACCUUUCGGUGGAAAGACAGUACUUCUAGGAGGUGAUUUCCGCCAAAUUUUGCCAGUUAUUCCACAAGGAACAAGACAAGAAACAGUCAGUGCCGCUCUCAAUCGAUCGCCCCUGUGGAAAUACUGCGACAUCUUUCACCUCACACAAAACAUGCGAGUAGAACCAGAGGAGAAAGCGUUUGCAGACUGGAUACUUAAGACUCUAUCCUCUUCGGCGUUUCCAGAUUUUGAAUAUGAGUACAAGGAUCUCAACAAACUUCGAGAAACAGCCAUCUUAACACCAAGGAACGUAACAGUUGAUGAAAUCAACAGUUAUUUGGUCUCCCAAGUACCUGGAGAAGAGAAAGAAUACUUAAGUGCAGACAGCUUUGCGAAAAGUCUACCAGCUCAUAAGCUACGUUUGAAAGUCGGUGUUCCAGUUAUGCUCCUGCGUAACAUGAACCAAAAAGAAGGCUUAUGUAACGGCACAAGACUAAUUGUCACACACAUGGGUGAAAAGGUUAUCAAAACAGAGAUGCUUACAUCGAAAACCAAGAGAGAUCCUAUUCUUCUACCACGGAUUAUACUGUCACCACCAGAAUCCAACCAUCCGUUCACCUUGAAGAGACGCCAGUUUCCAAUCCGUGUUUGUUAUGCGAUGACAAUCAAUAAAAGCCAAGGACAAACUUUGUCAAACGUGUCCCUCUACUUACCAAAGCCUGUCUUCAGCCAUGGUCAGCUCUACGUGGCACUGUCACGAGUUACAACACCGAAAGGUCUCAAGAUUUUAGACAUGAGCAGGAGCGGGGAGGGGAGUAGAACGAUAGCCAACAUCGUCUACAGAGAGGCUUUCAAUGGGCUGCCACAACCAAUCGGUACGUUUUCUUCUACAUCCAACUACGCUUUGGUCUAA